AUGUCCGCUACAUUAACAAACCUCAAACCACUGAACCUAAAGCCAGUGCAAAAAGACACCCUCGACCUCCCUCUUGAUGAUGACAAGAUCCACCUCCUCUUAUGCGCCACAGGCUCUGUUGCCACUAUCAAAAUCCCCAACAUGAUAAACGCUCUCUCAAAAUACCAGAAUCUUUCCAUUCGCCUCAUCUUCACAUCCCCUGCAACCAACUUCUUGCGCGGUCAGAGCUCCGAACAGCCUUCAAUACACGAUAUAGAGGCGCUCCCGAAUGUAGGCGGGAUAUACUUCGAUGAGGAUGAGUGGCGAGAUCCCUGGGUUCGAGGCAACAAGAUAUUACACAUCGAGCUUCGGCGCUGGGGACUUGAUGGCUGGUCAGACAACCUGUUACUUUCUGUCAUCAGGGCAUGGGAUACGACCGGCGAGCUAGAUCCGAUCCGAGAUCUUCCUGGUCUUGGUCGACAAAGGGGGGAAGGUAGAGAGGGGGUUGGGAUGAAGAAAAAGAUACUUGUAGCACCGUCUAUGAAUACUGCGAUGUGGAAGCAGCCGAUUACAAUGCAGCAGGUUAAAGUGUUGGAUGAGGACUGGGGCGUGAAGAACGGGGGUUGGUUUGAGGUACUGCAACCCAUGGAAAAGGAGUUAGCUUGUGGUGAUAUUGGUGGCGGUGCUAUGAGAGAUUGGAGAGAUAUUGUCAAGGUAGUUGAAAGUAGGUUAGGCUUGAGGUGA